AUGGGUUCUAUGUACCAAGUCCAGUCCAAGCUCCGUCAGGAACUUGGCCUCCACAAGGUUCAGGCUGUUCGCAAGUCCGGCCAUAAACUCGAUGGCACCAAGGCCUAUGUUAGCGCAAUGGCUCGCUACGGCUUCAACCCCACCGAGGAGUCCAGGUUCUUCCACUUGAAGAAGACCGAUCUCACCAAGGAGUUUCAACGCCGCGGCUACACCCGUCACUGGGAGCAGCUGGUUAGGGCUCCCCAGGAACAUCCCGACGAUCCUCAUAAAGACAACGAGCCUGUUCCUGCCGAGGAUCAACAGUACGACACCGAGUACCUCUGCGAGAUUGGCAUUGGCACCCCGCAACAGAAGGUCAAGCUUGACUUUGACACGGGAUCCGCUGAUCUUUGGGUCCGGUCCAAAGAUUCAUCCCUUCUUCAUAAGGCCGACAAGAAGUUUGACCCGAAAAAGUCAGACACCUUCCAGGAGAAGACCGAUCAGACCUGGAAGAUCCAGUAUGGCGAUGGAAGCACCGCCUCGGGCACUGUCGGCACGGACGUCAUUACCCUUGGUGGGCUUCAGAUCAAGAACCAGGCCAUCGAACUCGCCAAGAAGGUGUCCAGUGCCUUCUCCUCUGGCGAAGCUGACGGGCUUCUUGGACUUGCUUUCUCCACGAUCAACACCAUUGAGAGCGAUGGCAAGCCGGAUCCCCAGCCCACACCUGUCGAAAACAUGAUCAGCCAGGAUGAUAUUCCCAAGGAUGCCGAGCUGUUCACAUCCGCAUUCUACAGUGCUCGUGAUGAUAAGUCUGCGGAGAAAUCUUUCUACACCUUCGGCUGGGUCGAUGAGGAGCUCGUCAAAUCUUCCGGACAGGAGGUCGCAUGGACGCCCAUCGACAACUCGGAGGGUUUCUGGAAGUUUCCCAGUGAGAGCGCUGCAAUCAACGGCGAGAAUGUUCCUGUGGACGGGAACACUGCAAUUGCUGAUACUGGCACCACACUGGCGCUUGUCUCCGACACUGCUCCAAGUACCAGCUACCAAUACCAAGGUUACCUCAUCCCGAGUACUAUCACCACUGAUCAGCUUCCUGAGCUGAGCGUCGCGGUUGGUGGGAAGCAGUUUAUCAUUCAGAAGGAGGAUCUGUUGCUGGCACCAGCUGACAAGGAUCAUUGGUACGGUGGUGUGCAGUCGAGGGGUACUAUGCCUUUCGAUAUCUUGGGUGAUACAUUCCUCAAGUCCAUCUACGCUAUCUGGGACCAGGGCAACAGCCGCUUUGGAGCUGUACCCAAGAUUGAGGCGAACCAAGACACCGUGUUCCCUACUUCCGACGGCUCACCUGAGGCCGGCUCGCCUGAUCCGGAUGCCGGAAACAAAGUCGGCGAGAUCUCCCCCGUGGAGCAAGUUAGGGAGGCAGUGAAGGAUCUGAAGAUGCUGUAA